CUCUGUUCACAAUGUCCGGAGGCUGGAAUACGAUAGAAAGCGAUGCGGGCGUCUUCACAUACCUGAUCGAGAAGCUCGGCGUCAAGGAUGUGCAGUUCGAAGAGCUCGUCACACUUGAAUCGGAGGAGCUCAAGCGUCUGGGCAAAAUAUACGGCGUCAUUUUCCUGUUCAAAUACCCCACCGGCGAGAAGCGGACCGAUACCCCAAAGGACGGGACUUUCGACCAUGAGGCGGCAAGUAAGAUAUUCUUCGCGGCACAAACAAUACAGAAUGCGUGUGGGACACAAGCGCUAUUAUCAGUGCUUCUAAACAAGGAUGGUGAGGUCGAAAUCGGGAAGGACUUGCGCGAGUUCAAGGAAUUCACUGGCGAAUUCCCACCGGAGUUCCGUGGCGAGACGCUCUCAAACUCGGAUGUCAUUCGAGAAGUCCACAACUCAUUUGCCCGGUCAUCACCCUUCAUCGACGAGACACAGCGAACUGCAACGGAAGACGACGACGUAUACCACUUCAUUGCUUACACCUCUAUAAACAACACUCUCUACGAACUCGACGGACUCCAACCCGCACCUAUAUCCCACGGUUCGAGCACCCCCGCCGAAUUUCCCGAAAAAAUCAUUCCUGUCCUCCAGCGCCGCAUCGCGCGGUACCCAGCCACGGAGAUACGUUUCAACCUUCUAGCGUGCGUACAGGACCAGCGGAUUCGCGCGCGCGAGAUAGGAGAUGCCGAGGCGCUUGAGGAACAAGAGGACAAACGCAGCGCGUGGCUGUGGGAGAACGCGUUGAGGAGACACAAUUUUGUAGGGUUCGUGGGCGAGCUUAUGAAGGGCGUCACCAAGGCCAAGUUGGUGCAGGGCGACGGCGUAUAUGAUAAAUGGAUCGAGGACGCAAAGGGGAAGACACGGAAGAGGGUAGAAGACCGAAAGAAACAAGGCAUCGCCAGUGACGGCAUUGAUUAAGUGGUCUCGUGGAUCGAUCGCGCUUCAAACACUACUUGAAUUUGCUGUCUGGAAGAAUUUUGUGGUAAUCUAAACAAGAGCUGGAUCGCGUCGGGGCCUGACAUUCCGCACUUCGCCAUUUCUACAUUUGCUUUUUGUAAUUGAAGGAAUGGAUAACGACAGUGGAUAGUGGAUAAUAAGUACGACAAACACUGACGACUGAUAAAAUGAACAAACUCCAAUACAUGUCUGCGAUAAGAUUUUUGCCUCUAUAUGAUGUGCGUGAAACACCAGGGCGGGAUGAUGCAUCCCACCUGUUUGGGUGAAUCCUCCCCGAGAAGGGAAUAUUUGUGGAUUUUUAGGUAGUGCUACUUCUUGUAUUCUAACUAUAUCCAACCAGUGUUUGAGAAUGCGAGGUAUCUAAUGGUUUCAGAUGCUUUAUAGGAAAAGGCGGUUGUACUGUCGGCUCCUAUCAAAUGGCCUGCGUGUUCGACUGUUGAAUGGAACAGACUAGAAUGAAGAAGUAUUGUUGUUGCUCCAGGAAGGCAGUAGCCAGCAUAUGCCUGAAUCGAUUAGGCUGAAAUAGAGCGAAUAGUGGUUCAGACCUAAUAAUGAUUUUUGAAUGUCAGCUACCGUGGAAUCAUAUUGGAAAGGAUCUGCUCUCGUUACAUCAGCAUCCGGCUGGAUUUUAUACCCUCUAUUCUAUUAUUUCCAGCUCAUGGCAUGGAUUGAAAAGCGAGAGUCUGCAGAAGACACCAAGGUUGAUUAAAAGACCCGAUUCUGCCGCUGACGACGUUGUGGCAAUUGUGUUAUUGACGGUGGCCCCUUGCUUUACCAGGCAUAUACGUCCUAGCUCGAGUUUACCUCGUUGUCGAAAGCUUCCUGGGUUUGAUUCAUCUCCCCGAACCCCCUUUCCUAGUUCUGAAAUGGUCUCGGUACUUCCCACAUUUUGGGUAGAGGUAACUCAUGUACUUAAACAUACGAAUCGCUGUUCU